AUGAAGGUUGAUACUGCACCAAAGAAAGAUAAUAAAAAGGUUAAUGUGUGGUCUCGUGUUAGAAAAUGUUUUGGUUGCAGAAGAAAAGAAGGUAUCAGGCCUGAUGGCCUAGUCAUUAAUGCUUUAAUGAACGACGUGAGGGAAUACCCUAUUUUCAAAAAGUGUUUUGAAAAUAGGGGUAUCGGCAAGAUGAAUGUUUGUGAAGAUGGGGUAGAGGGGGUUGUCAGAGGUAUGUCAGUUAAUCCCUGUAAGGACAACCUUUCUUACCCCAUCUUCAAAAUGUGUCCUCAAAAAUUGAAGGUGGAGGAUAAUAUUAUUGAUCCUGUUGAGGAUGUUAAAUAUUCUUCCAAGGAUGAUACAAAAAUAAAACCCAUUUGCACAGAUUACGAUUUUGUAAAGCUAAUAGGCCAGGGUGGAGCUGCUAAGGUUUUCCUUGCCCGUUCCAAAACAAAUGGGAAGGAAUACGCCGCAAAGGUGAUUCGGAAGCAAUUCCGUGACGAUAUAGAGGAUGCCUACAGCAAAAGGCUAAUUCAUAGAGAAAAGUUAGUUUUCGAUAAAACUAAAAAACUCCCAUUUAUGGUUGAGUUAUUCGCCUACUACCACACCCCUAUGAAUUACGCCUUCAUCAUGGAGUACGUUGACGGUGGAGACCUCCAUCGUCACCUCCGACAUCAACCUAACUCUACACUACCCGAGCACCAUGCUCGUUUCUAUGCGGCGGAGAUAACCUUAGCACUCCACCACCUACACAGUAGAGGAAUCAUCCAUAGAGACGUUAAACCGGAAAAUAUUCUAUUGUGCUCCGAUGGCCAUAUCAAACUAUCUGAUUAUGGCCUAUGCACGGAUAUUCUACCAAGUUUCAUCGAAAGACGAAAAUCUCUGCGAGUCGGGACUGUCUACUACAAGGCACCCGAAGUUUCAUUCGAUCCAUAUUAUAGCUAUAGCAUAGAUUGGUGGGCCUUAGGGGUAGUUUUGUACGAAAUGUUGGUUGGCAAACUCCCCUUUGGCCUAGAAGCCAAGCCCUCUCACAACGAUGACCACUAUCGUUUACAAGCUAAAUAUGGAAGGGUGAAAAUCCCUAUAUCCAUUUCCUUCAAAGCCUCCUCCAUCAUCAGAGGAUUCUUGACAGAGGAUCCCAAAAAAAGAUUAGGAGGAGAUGAAAAUGGGUUUUCCAAUAUAAAAUCACACCAAUUCUUCAAAACAAUUGAGUGGAAUCUGGGGGGUUUGGAAUGCUUCCACACGUCCAAAAUGAUAGUUCUCAUACUUAGGAAUUUCGAGGAAUGGAUUAAUCCCAGUGAUAGUAUACCCAUACAUGAGAAUAAGACUGACUUUGACAUAAAGCCACCAGCGAUAAAAUCUCUGGCUAAGUCAAAACCUUCAGAACUAGAUAUCCCUAUAAAGAAGCAAGGCCUAGUUACUCAUAUAAGCCAUUAUAGAGAAAUCGGAAA